AUGUACGACGAUGACGAUCUGCAUGGCCGCCACAUGGCCCCCACCGACGCUGAUACCCGCGGUCUGGGGAGCAGCGAUUACAUGCCCAAUGAGCGCGGUGAAUCCCCGGGCCAGCAAUACUUGGAAGAGGAACUCUACAAGCUCAGAGUGAAGCCGACAGGGAGUCAAUCAGUGGCCACACACAAGACUUGGGAGGUGGCAAGAGACGAUGGCGAUGAUUACGAUGAUGAUGGUGAUGCACAAGCUGCUGUGACCGAAUCUGGUAUGCCUGAAAUACCCGAUGGCAACACUGGAGGAUAUACGGACCGCCGCGGGUCUCCACCUCUUCCACCUCUUCCUCAGGACAACAUGCCCGACCAUCAGAUAUGGCAGCCUGGAGCGUACGGCCACGAACCUCAGGGCCCCCCUCCGUGGCAGCGUGUCCACCAACGUCUCUUGAGCUGGGCAAUCGUCUGGCCCAUGAGUGAGCUGGAAAACGCCCUGAACAGUACCACGCGCGGAAUGCAAGUCGACGAGAUCGCCCUCAGCAUCUGGUCGACGCAAACAUACAAGCGCUACGUCCGGGCGAAGAUGACUGAUAGCCCUCCUGGUCGCGUCGACCGCCUUUUCGUCCCUCCGAACAUGGCGGAUGCGAUUAGCACCGCGGUUUACAACGGACGGCACGGCGACGCAUGCGGCAUGCUGAGAGACCUGUGGGCACCGUUUGGGCUUGAGGGAAUCCCUCGACUUCUUAUUGUUCUUGCGAAGCACCGCAAUGACGAUUCUCACUGGGUCGUUCAUCGCUUUUCGCUUCCCGACGGCUCUCUCACCACUUACGAUACAUAUCCGGAAAGGUGCUUGCCGGAUGGCCGGCCUCUGGGGUGGUGGUUCGCGAUUCGCAUCGCCUGGCCGGAUGCAAUAUACCCCAGCCCGGAUCAUCUUAUGCAGAAGAUGGUCAGACUUCACCGACCUAUGCAGCUGGGCAUCCAAAACUCGGUGGCUGCUGCCGGCAUCUGGCGCAACCUUCUCAUGGGGUCGCGCGCUGAGCGCAGCCUCGAUCUGGAGCGCCUUCGCGAUCUGAUCAACACUGAGGUCAGGAACCUUAGACAACGCAAGAUCAUGGGCAAGCUUUCCAUCGGUAGUCAAAGACCGAACUGGGAGGAUAUGAACUAACGACAUGAUGACGUGUACGACCCGCCCGCCGCAGAAGGCUGGUGUGUACUAGCAAAUGUACAAUGACUCGCUCUCCUACGGCUAUCUCAAACGUUUUGUGAUCUUUUUAUUGCUCCAUUUUCGCUCCUCAUGUACUGCUGCACCCUGUAGCAUCAAACGUUCUAGUGAACUACCAUCUCUCAAGUAAUACAAAGCUUACGUAUUGGUUGGUUGUUGUAAAUCAUUCAGACCUUCGUCUUAGCUUCCGAGAUAUGUACUCUCGAACGGUUGUGUCCUUGUAGCUACGUCAAAACAUCGAAUCGAAUAUAUGGUUAUUGAUGGUA